GAGCUUGGUCGCCAUCACUACUAAAAGAUAUCACUUUCAAGAGAAUGUUGUAGGGGCAUGUUUAUUUGAAGCUGUCCACGCAAAAGAUAUUACAAUACUUCAUAAAAAAUAGACUUGAUAAUAUUAAUUAGUACCUACUCCUCGUCAUCCAGUACAGCACCAUGGAGAAAAGGCGGCUGUUCUACCCCCUGACAAACAAAUCCCAUCUAUUAUUUCCUUCCCAUUUCCAUUCCCAUUUCCAUUCCCCAAGGCUCUCAUUUUCCCUGCAUACCGCCUCUUCUACUACUCGUACAAACUUCAGAAAGCGUGGUCUCGCUCAUGCCCGCUCUCCCUCAGAACCACGCAUCUUUCCUAGUUUAGGAUGGGACAGCAUCGACCCUUCGUUACUGGUUGAAGAGGAAGCAAUUCCAACCUACAGAGCCGAAAAGUUCUACCCGGCUCGCAUCGGUGAGGUAUUCAACCACCGGUAUCAAGUAGUCGGCAAGUUGGGUUAUGGAUCCAGCGCGACAGUGUGGCUAUGUCGUGACCUUUUUGACCAUCGUCAUGUAGCAUUAAAAAUCUACACAGCGUCGUCAACAUCAGGAACCCGCGAGGUUGAAAUUUACAAUCAUCUAAAAAGACUCCAGUCCGACCAUGCGGGCCAGUCCUGCCUUCGAUGGUUGAUCGAGGUCUUUCAGACCCAGAGCCCAGAUGGACAUAAUGUUCAUACUUGCCUAGUGCAUCCGCCUCUUGGGAUCAGCCUCGAUCAACUCACCCCGCUGCUCCCAGAUGGGGUCAUGAGUAGCGAAAUUGUGAGAACUACGAUGCGGAAUAUCCUUGCCGCGCUGGAUUUCCUCCACACGGAAGCACAUGUUAUACAUACCGAUCUCCAACCAAACAACAUCCUCCUGGGCAUCAGAGACAACUCAAUUUUAUCCAGAUUCGAAAAAGCAGAAUUUGAAGCGCCUGUGCCGCGUAAGACGCUCGAGGAUCGUACCAUUUACCUCUCACGACCGCUGCCCAUCUCCUUUGGCACGCCCGUUCUCUGUGAUUUGGGCGAGGCUCGCCUGGGCACCGACGGCCAACAGGGCGAUAUCAUGCCCGAUAUCUACCGGGCGCCAGAGGUCAUCUUGGACAUGAGCUGGGACUACAAAGUUGACAUUUGGAAUGUUGGGAUGGUGAUCUGGGAUCUGUUUGAGCAUCGACACCUUUUUCGGGCUCGCAAUCCCGAACAUAAGCUGGACGAUGGAUACCAUCUCGCUGAGAUACAGGCAGUCCUGGGAAGCCCGCCACCUCCUGACUUUUUGGCUCGGAGCAAAAGGAGCCUCCAGUUUUGGGAUAAAAAUGGUACAUGGAAAGGCACGGCGCCUAUACCAGACCACUGUGAUCUCGACGCUCUGGAAGAGCGACUCAAGGGUGAUGAAAAGGCCGACUUUCUACGUUUUCUCCGACGAAUGCUAUGCUGGCGACCAGAAGAAAGAGCCAAUGCAAAGGAGCUUCUCUUUGAUCCUUGGCUGAUGCGGGGUCUUCUAAAAUGA